AUGAAACUUUCUUCUUCCUUUUUUCUAUCGGUGGCGUUUGGAGAAGUUCCAGUGAUUUUGACGAAGGAGCAGAUUCAAGAGACGGCGGGAAAAUGGGACAUGCAAAUUGAUAAGGCUCAUAAAGGGACUUACGAUCUCAUGGCCAACCAAAAAUAUAUCCAUUGCGGCUCUAAUGGCGAUACCAUCCGUCUUACAUGCCUUGACGGAUAUGUUGACAACUCAAUGAACAAAGACAGUAUCACUGCAACCUGCAGCUGUAACGAAAGUGAUUGUAAAUUGAACCUUAACAAGCCCUACAAAUGCAUGAAACAGGGAAUCUGUCCGAUUCCAAUUUGGCAAGGCGCAUUUGGCCACUCAUUGAAAGAUUCCGACUCCGACUGGGCGUUGCUCGAUUUCAAGCUGCGAAAAGAAGCGGCUCUUUCGGAAGACAUCGUUGGAUUCACUUGGGAUCAGUGGUUCCCCAAAGAUGAUAAUUUUACACUGGUGGUGGCGUGUCCCUUCAACGUGUUUGGCUUUGAGUACGCGGAGGAAAUUGAUAUGGACGAUAUUGAACAAGUCACUAAUCAAGGAAUGGAAAUGCUCAAAACAUGUCAAAGCGACGAACUGGCCCGAUUGAACCUAAAAGAAAACUCUGCCCGAACCGCCCGAAAGAACAGAAAACUCAAACGCCUGGCGACUCGAGCUGCGAAAAAGGGUCGAAAAGCAAGAAUGAAUGGAGAUUUUACAGACAAACUGUGCGAAAUGGUGAAAGAAGAGCGAACGAGAUUUGAUCAAUACUUGAAAAGAAAGAACAUUCUAGUGGAAAGAAGCUCUUGGGCGAGGGAGAUGGAGUACGAAAGCGAAUGUCUUUGUGAAAAAGAGAAAUGGGCUGGUCGAGAGUAUUACGGAAAAAUCUCAACUAUUGAUGGUCGAGUCACAUCUGCUUCAGCUGACGGUCGUCUUUGGACCAUCGUUUCCAAGGGAACGAAGGGAGUAGAGUCAGGAGCCCGCUCAUUCAAAAUCGCCAUCGACAUGCUCAACGAAAACUCACACAUCAAAUGGAUGAGCAACAAGGAAAUGAAAGCAGCCGGAGAGAAGAAACAGUACACUUGCGAACUUGGCAUCGUUUCCGGCUACUACCCUCAUCUUGCUCCUUGCCUCGAAAAAUUUCAUGGGGGUGAGAUUCACAAGUACAUGAAAAACUACAAGCAAGCUAAGAAGCUCGGACUCAUCAAUAGAGAAUAG